AUGCAGACUGUUCCCAGUCUCGUGGGAACUGGCACUGCCGUUGCUGCAGCGGCUGUAGGUCUAGUGUUUGCUCAUCCCGACGAUUCGAGUUCCACACAGUCUUCUUCCAACAGGAGGAUACUAGUCUCAGACCAAGACAUUCCUCCGAAUCAUCGACUGAGCAGCCCGCCCGUCUCUUCCUCACGGCCCGGCACCAGUUCUGUUGCCCAGCUGCCGGUCCUCGACGACGCCCGCUACUCGCCGCUUCCCACCCACUUCUCCUUCACCUCCAACUCCAACUCGAAUUCAAACCCAAACGACGCCCCGGCCGAACCCUCUGCGCGCCCUCGCCGUCCUCUCAGCUCUCACUUCAACUUUGCGCCUUCCAUAUUGCACAGCAGGAGAGCGUCCUACGUGAAGCAGGGAGACCAAGCAGCUGCGCCCUCGGUCAAUGAGGAUACGAGAGACUCUGUUUCCUCCAGUGGGUCCUGGAUGAGGCGCCUGUCACUACGGCCUUUGUCACAACACGGAAGCAUCAGAUCGAGUUUGGGUUUCGAUAACCAGUCUGUCGCUUUCUCUCACGGUUCCGCCGCUCCGAUCCUUUCGCCUACCGGUUCUGUUCCUCCUCCUUUGCCUCCGAAUAAACUGGUGAAGCGCCCGCCCUCGGCACACCAGAAUGGUCCUGUAAUGCGCCGUCGCUCCAGGACACACCUUCCCAGUCUUCGCCGACCAGCGACGAGCCACCAAAGAUCUGCCACCUUGCACCAGAUCAAUUACGACGGAAACCACAUCGAGCCCAUUGCAGAACCAAAGUUCUCCUUUGACCAAUAUCUUCAGGAAGCAGGAGAAGGCCCUGUGCCACCGCGACCCCAAGGCGAAUCGACCUUACAGCAAAAAUCAAAAUCAACAACCAAGUGGACCUCAUUUUUCCACAAUCGCAGAGCAAAUGUCAUUGCACGGAGCGUGCCUGACCGUAUAAUUGACCGGAGUCCCAGCACCCGAUCGGCAACAACAAAACGCAUACUAGUACCCGACAGCCAAAAGCAGGAUAUUUACUUAAUAAGGAGUGGCAUGUUGGGAGACUCGGUUGCGCCCGUUGAAGAAGCCCUGGUUCUUGUCGAAGAUCCCCCAUCAGCCGUCGACGACACAAACGAGGAGGCUCAUUGUGAGAAGGAAACAGAAAGAGAGUCGCAAGAAGACAACACCCCGUCAACACCAGAAGAUACACCGACAAAGCGCACACAUCGAUCGCUUACAAUGCAUUUCAACUCCCCAAAUUGGAUGCCAAGAGCUGGCAGCCUCCGACGAACAAAACGCGGGGCGGGAUCUAAAGGUGGUGGUGGUGGUGGGAAUAAGCGGCAUGUGUCUGCGCCUACGACGACAUCCCCCGGCCAGGCGCAAGCGCAAGACAACAACCUUGUAGCGGCUACAGACGAGUCUCAAACGUCGCCAAAGCAUCACCUUGCCGCCAGCCUAGACCCCACUUCAAAUACGCACCUCAGGACGCGCAGUCGCAAUUCUUCGUCGCCCUUGCCGCCGCUUUCACGUCUUUCCAGCUUCAACGUCGACGUUUCUAGACUUGGCUCCUCGUCGGGAGGCGUUACUCCAUCUCCCCGCUCAAUACAUCCCUCUGGCAGUUCCCAGGGCUCGGCAGCGCUAGCUGCGUAUAAUCGCAGCGCUACGACAGACCGUAGUUCGACCAUGAACAGCUCCGAUUUCGAUGCUAGAUUUAUUUCUGGCGAUGAUUAUGACACGGAUCUACAGAGCGAUACCGUCUUUGACUCGCUGCGAACUGCCGAAUCCGAUCGCAAUCGUGCAGCGGAAACCCCACUCGACCACAUGUUUGAUGAGUCGCCACCAAGCACUGCCGGUCAUCCCAAGGCCAAGAGGCUGUCCAUUCAGGAAAUGCUCAGUCACUCGUGGGAUGCUAAUGAGAGAAUCAUGGAAGAGGACGAAAACAUGCCGACGCCGGUCCGUGUUCAUCAUGAACCCAGAAUUCGUACCGAUUCGGACACCAUGGCACCGCGCUACAGCUUGGAACGCCCUUCGAAUGAGUACUCGCUCGGAAGCAAGGACUUUGGUCGCCUGUCUAUCGAAGACGAUUUCGAUGAAGAUUGGGCACGCGACGAAGACGAAAUGGCCUACAGCAACCAGCUAUCGCCUCCUAGCUCGAUGAACUCGCGUGGCGUUAGCCCUAAUUUGCGCAUGGCGCUUGCCAACAUUAGCGGUAACGGCAACGCCGAUGCAACGCACGACCCUAGCGAGAGGCCGAGAAGCAACAUAUUUGACUGGAGUGAACCAACCCAAGAGAAGACCGACCUUGGCAGCUCCUUCAGACCAAAGACCGCCUAUGGAAAGCAAGAACUUGAUAUCAGAGGUGGUCGCGCCGCUAUCCGGAUGCGACCCUCAGCCAUGCACGUCCGCAGCCAAAGUGUGCCAGUAGUCCACGAUCCUACGGACAGGGGACCAGUGAAUCCCAAAUUCGGCACCUGGGGCCUGAGCAGCAAGACUGUCAGCGAGGACUGGGACGAUGAUUUUGAGUUUGGUGGCAACGAGAGCGAAGACAAGGAAACCGAAAACGCAUUCGCAAUGGUCGUUCCCGCCUCCAUUCAAGCGUCACAACCUAGCCUCAAGCAGCAUUCCGGCCACAUCAGAGAGCUCUCGCUGCUCGUCAACGAUCUCAAGCGUUUGUGUCGCCAUGGUCGAGAUCUGGAUAUGCUCGGCGGCUCCAACGCAGGUCUCUGGGAGGAAGCCGAAGGCAUCAUUGCACUCGCGUCACCUGAUGAAGAUGAGUUGGAGGGCAUGGACGUGGACUCGUCCUCUAUCAUGAGCGGAUUCGACGCUGCGUCGCCGGACCCCAUCGAGAAGGAAGAUCCCUUUGAUGAGGUACACGAGAUCAACGUUUCCAAAACAGCCGUCAUUCGUGAACGCCCCGCUGGUCGUAGACGUUCGGUCUUCUCUCCAGACGACGACAUCUUUGGCGGAAACAGUCCCGCUCCGGAUGAGCUUCCUCCGCCGCGACCCAGAACGCCGGAGAAUAACAUCAAUAUGGGUGGCCACGACGUUACCGAUAUUGUCAGAUCCGUCCUGGACGCCAUGCAGCAACGAUCCGUCUCCGAUGCCGCUGCCCGCGACGACAAGCUGCAUUUUGGCACCAACAGCCUUAAGGCUCUCGUCAAGCGCGCAGGCGAUCUCCGGGACAUCCUGUCAGAGGUUAUACGCCGCGCAGACCAACUUACAUCGAGCCCUGCCAGAACACCCCGGCAGCACAACGAUAGCCCGGCCUUUACCAGGGUCUUCACCCCAGAGCAUACUCCGUCCCCAUCCAGCCCGCCCAAGAAAUUGCCUCACAGUAGAAGCGCAAAUUCUGCACUCGGUCGUGGAUCAGUUGACGCUUCGCCGUCAAGCGGCUUACAACGGAUGCAAAUGAUGACGGUCAGCUGA